GGCGCGAUGACGUUGCACGGCAGCGGGGAGACGGUAAUGGCGGCGGUGAAGGCGAGGGGCGGCCUGGCGGCGCUCGGGCUCCAGGCCUGGCUGGCGGAGCAGAGCGGGCAGCUGGGUAUCCGGCAGCCCACUCCCGUGCAGGAGAACUGCAUCCCCGCCAUCCUGAGGGGCCAGGACUGCCUCGGUUGCGCCAAGACCGGCAGCGGGAAGACGGCAGCGUUCGUUCUCCCCAUUCUCCAGAAACUGUCGGAGGACCCGUACGGAAUAUUCUGCCUGGUGCUGGCACCAACCAGGGAGCUGGCCUACCAGAUUGCAGAACAGUUCCGUGUGCUGGGGAAGCCACUGUCCCUGAAGGACUGCGUGGUCGUUGGCGGCAUGGACAUGGUCAAGCAGGCCUUAGAACUGGCCAGGAAACCGCACGUGGUCAUCGCCACACCGGGACGCCUGGCUGACCACUUGCGCAGCUCCGCCACCUUCAGCCUGAAGAAAAUCAAGUUCCUGGUACUGGAUGAAGCUGAUCGGCUACUGGAGCAGGGAUGUACUGAUUUCACACAGGACCUGGAGGUGAUCCUACGGGCCAUCCCAGCACAGCGACAGACUCUGCUGUUCAGCGCCACCCUCACCGACACCUUGCAGCAGCUCAAGGCCAUCGCAAUGAACAAGCCCUUCUUCUGGGAGGCUAAGACUGAAGUUCGCACGGUGGCAGAGCUGGAGCAGCGAUACCUCCUGAUGCCCGAGCGGGUGAAGGAAGCUUACCUUGUGAACAUUGUCCAGAAGUUCCACGAUGAACACGAGGACUGGUCCAUGAUUAUUUUCACAAGCACGUGCAAAAUGUGUCAGAUUCUCACCAUGAUGCUGCGUAAAUUCAACUUCCCGUGUGGAGCGCUUCACUCCAUGAUGAAGCAGAGGGACAGGUUUUCCACACUCUCCAAGUUUAAGUCGAGCAUCUUCAAGAUCCUCGUGGCGACCGAUGUUGCUUCACGAGGGCUCGAUAUUCCCACCGUUCAUGUCGUCAUCAACCACAACACACCCGGGCUACCCAAGAUCUACAUCCAUCGCGUGGGCCGAACAGCUAGGGCAGGUCGAAACGGUAUCUCAAUCACCCUUGUCACCCAGUAUGACAUUCACCUCGUUCAUGCAAUCGAGGAGGAAAUAAAUACCAAGCUGCAGGAGUUUUCUGUGGUCGAGGAUGAAGUUUUGAAGAUUCUCACCCACGUUAACGUAACUCGACGCCAGUGUGAGAGUGAACUUGAGUCGACUGACUUUGAUGAAAAGAAAGAAAUCAACAAGCGGAAGCAGAUGAUUCUAGAAGGACGGGACCCAGACCUGGAGAUAAAGAGGAGAAAGGAGCUGAAUAAAUUGAAGGAGAAGAAGCGCCAAUUUCAGGAGAAAAUGCACGAGACUCUGGAGAGGGAGGCAGCCACAAGGCUCAAACACAGACUACUGAAAAAGAGAAGAAAACAACAGCAGACAGCACUCAAGGCUCCUGGCCCAGGACGGUCUCAAACGUAGAAUUGUUUAUAUUCACCAUUCAAAAUGGACAUUUUCUAUUUCAUCCGAUUUUGGCUCUGCAGCAGUUGUGGCAGUGUUGAACUUCCAAUACAGUGUAAUUUAUGUGUUAUACAGACA